AUGCAGAGUAUAAAAUGUGUCGUCACUGGCGACGGUGCCGUCGGUAAAACUUGCAUGCUAAUCUCAUACACCACAAACGCCUUCCCAGGAGAGUACAUCCCCACCGUCUUCGACAACUACUCUGCCAAUGUCAUGGUGGAUAACAAACCGAUAAACCUCGGACUUUGGGAUACCGCGGGCCAGGAAGAUUACGACCGGCUGCGGCCACUGUCAUACCCCCAGACCGGCGUGUUUCUUAUCUGCUUCUCGCUCGUGUCGCCCCCGUCGUUCGAGAACGUCAAAGCUAAGUGGCACCCCGAAAUCUCGCACCACGCCCCCAAUACGCCCAUCAUCCUCGUCGGCACCAAGCUCGACCUGCGUAACGACAGUGAGACUCUGGCGCGGCUCGCUGAAAAGCGACAAGCCCCCAUCACAUAUGCAGAAGGCGCCAAGUGUGCUCGGGACAUUGGCGCCGUCAAAUACUUUGAGUGCUCGGCAUUGACCCAAAAGGGACUCAAAACAGUGUUUGACGAGGCCAUUCACGCGGUGCUGUCGCCUCCCCAGCCCAAGAAAAAGAAGAAGAACUGUGUGAUUCUCUAA